CGCAAGCCAUACGCAUUGUGUUUUCACUGUUGUGUUUUUAUUUUUUGCAAACGUUUAAAGUUUCGGCAGCCAAACAUGCCCAAGGAAAAAUCGCGACAUCGUAGUCGCAGUCGAAGUCGCAGCCGGCACAAGAAAAGCUCAGAUUCGCACAGCUCUAAGCACAAGCACAAAAGCAGCAGCGAUCGGCGUCGGGACAGAUCCACAAGUGGAUUGGAGCGUGGUCGAGAAAAGGAACGAGAACGAGAUCGAGAAAGGAAACGAGAAAGAGAUCGGGACUCAGACAAAAGUCAUCACAAGCGUAAGGAGAAGCGCAGCAGGAGUCGACAUCGCAGCUCGAAACGGGAUAAGCAUCACAAGGAGCAUCGUGCACGUUCGUCCUCAUCCUCCAGCUCAUCCACGUCCACAUCAUCGUCGUCGUUGUCAUCGGCAGCGAAGCACAAAGAUCAAAGUGCAGGCGGCAAACCGGCAGUCAAACGCGGCACUGAAAUGAAUUCCAUAAAGUUGCUGCAAUCGCUGGAGGAGCGUCGAUUGCGCGAUCAGCAGGAGCGCCAGCGGCUGAAAGAGGAGAUCAAGGCGAAGGAGACGCCUGAGGAGAAGCGGGCGCGUCGCCUGCGCGAGAAGCAGGCCAAGGAGCAGCGGCGCCGCCAGCGCAUGGGCUGGGACAACGAAUACCAGACGUAUUCCAAUGAGGACAAUCCCUUCGGAGACUCCAAUCUGACCUCCACCUUCCACUGGGGCAAGAAGCUCGAGGUCGAGGGCCUGUCCAAUCUGUCUAGCAAGACGGUGGAGGUGCUGUCGCUCCAAAAACAGCUGGAGAAUCGUCGCGAGCUGGAGAAAGUCAAGAAGCUGCGGCAGGAGCGUGAACUGGAGCGGCAGGCGCGCGAGGAUGAAGCCAUGCAGCAGCAGCGCGCCAAGGAGGCGGUCCAGUUCCGCGAAUGGCAGCGCCAGGAGGACCUGUUCCAUCUGGAGCAGGCGCGUCUGCGCAGCGAGAUUCGUAUCCGUGAUGGCCGCGCCAAACCCAUCGAUCUGCUGGCCCAAUAUGUGACCGCCAGCAAUACAGAGACGGACCUGGAGGAUACCCUGGAGAUGCAAAUGCACGAGCCGUACAUGCUGCUGCACGGCCUGAGCAUCGAGGAGCUGGAGGAUCUGCUGGUGGACAUCAAGGUGUACGAGGAGCUGGAGCAGGGCAAGCACAUUGACUUCUGGAACGACAUGGUCACCAUUGUCCAGGACGAGCUCAAGAAGCAGAUGAAGAUCCAGCAGAACGAGGCGAACUCGCUCAAUCAACGGCGCGACGGCAUCCACCAGAGCGUCGUCAAGGAUGUGGCGGAUAUCUUUAGGGGCAAGAACGCCAAGCAGCUGGAGGAGAUGCGCCAGCGCAUCGAGGCCAAGAUUAGCAGCCGUGCCGACGGCGUGGACAUCAGCUACUGGGAGAGCCUGCUCUCGCAGCUGAAGGCGCACAUGGCGCGUGCCCGGCUGCGCGACGCUCACCAGGCGCUGCUGCGUGAGAAGCUGCAGCAGCUGAAGCGCGAACCCGAUCCUCCCACUGUGGUGGAGAUUAAUUCACCCUCGACGAUGAAACAGGAAUCGGAUCAAGAGAUGGACACAAAUGCCGGGGAGGAGCAACAAAUGGAUCAAGAGUCGCCCGACGAGGAGGAAGACCCCAACGAUGAAAAUCCGCUCAGGGAGCUGGAACGCGCCUGUGAAUUGUACCGACAGGGCAACUACAGUCCCAACUACAUACGCGAGGAGGACUUCAGCGGUCGUCGGCUGACCGCCGCCGAUGAGGACAACAUCGAUGGCGGCCUCUACACGGGCAGCGACGAUGAGGAGCGUGUGCAGCGCCAGCGGCUGCUCUUCGUUUAUCCGGAGCGCGGAACGGAUGUGGCGGAGCUGACGCCGCAGGAGCUGCGUAUGCGCGGCGAGGCACGCAAGGGCAUGCAGGGCGACGAGGCGGAGUUCAGCGUGGAGACCACACUGGACUCAGUGCCUCAGCUGGCCACCGACAAGUAUCGUCCCCGCAAGCCGCGCUACUUCAAUCGCGUCCACACGGGCUUCGAGUGGAACAAAUACAAUCAGACGCACUACGACAUGGACAAUCCGCCGCCCAAGAUUGUGCAGGGCUACAAGUUCAACAUCUUCUAUCCGGAUCUCAUGGACAAAUCGCAGACGCCGCAAUACUUCCUCACGCCCUGUGCGGACAAUGGGGACUUUGCGGUGCUGCGCUUCCACACGGGGCCGCCGUACGAGGAUAUCGCCUUCAAGAUCGUCAACCGGGAGUGGGAGUUCAGCUACAAGCGGGGAUUCCGUUGCCAGUUCCACAACAACAUCUUCCAGCUGUGGUUCCACUUCAAGCGCUAUCGCUACAGGCGCUAGGCGGCCCACUUUAUUUGCAGUCCUCUUUUUUUU